UUCACCCCCUCCCCAACUUUUUUUUUUUUUUGGCUGACCCCGAAUUUUGCCCAUGCGGUGCACCGGGUGCGCGCGCCACGUGCGCAAUGCGCAGUGCGCCGCAUGUGCGCAAGUGGCGCGCACGGGAUGCGCCGCAAAAGAAUGGAUUGAUGGGGCUGGAUGAUACUCCUGUGGUAUCUGCUCACUUUGACUUCGCCUGGGUGUCAUGUGUGCACUACAAUGUCAUUCGGCAGUAUGUCGAGGGUCUCUACAAGGAACACCUCAUGGCAAAUGAAGAGGCGGACCAGCUUAUUCAGUCCGGGAAUAUUCUUGAAGGGCUGGAGCUGUACGCACGGCAGCACGACUGGCAAAAGGUACACAACUUGGCAUCCCUCCAAGGACCAGAAGUUGCUGCAAAAUAUGCAGCGCGUCAUGCAAAGCAUUGCAUCCAGAUGGGCGAGAUCGCUGAGGCCGUUGGAGUGCUGUUGCAGAAUGGAGUUAGCACAAACCCUGCUUACUUCGAUCUUUAUAAGCACAUUUGCCAUGAAUUGAUCAGUGGGCUGAAUGAUGAUGUGCAAAUGGAGCGAGCAGCACAGGUUCUCCUAACGGAUUACCUAAGGUGCCUACCGUCAGAGGUAAGGACCAAGCUGGUUGACGAAGCCUAUGUUGAACAGCACACCUUCGCUUCUUUUAGUAAGAAAGCUCCGGACAUCGAGGCAAAGCUAGGAUUUGCGCAUCAGGCCCCCAACGAUGGUAGGAAGAGACUGCCCCAAGAUUGGAAGAAAAAGGGUCAGUUAAUGUUCGUUGACCACGAUGGUCAAACGACGGAGAUUGACGACUACUCAGAUCUUGGGGAGUUCACAGAGCACGAUGGGGGUAGUGAGACUUCAGAUGGUGGAGUCAUAGCACCCAUCAAGGAGAAGGCUAGGGCGACCGGGAAGAAGAAGGUAGGACGGUCCACGGGUCAGGGCGACCAAGGAACACCCGCAUGGGUGAAGAUUGGUUUAGAAUACGAGGUGUGGCGUGACCGCGUUGCUAGGGACCAACAAUCGGGCAAGAAUGGUUCAGCAGGAGGCACCAGCUCGGCAACGAGUUCGCCAAUGGACAGAACUGGAAAAACAGUACAGGAAUCGGCCGGGGGAGGGGAGGAGGACACAGACAAAAUGUCACAGGAUGCAGAUCCGGACGCUGGCGGACAGGAUGGCAGUGAGGAUGAGGAUUGGGGAGAGGAGGAGGAUGAAGUGGAGGAGGAGGAGGAGGAACCAGAAACAUUAGCACAGUGGAUUAGGACGAUUCAUAAGCUGCAGUGGGAGAGGCAUAUAGAAUGUGAAAUCCGUCUGGCGCAUCACAAACAUUUGUGCAAUCUGAAGAAAGCCACAGCGGAGGGAGAUGAUAUCACAAUAGCAAACCGUUUUGAAUUGCUGAAGAAGGAGCAAGAGGUGAAUGAGUUUUAUGCAACGCAGUAUGCGUGGAAGGCCAGACCAGACAACAAUGACAUUGUAGUACAUAGCUUGGGGUAUGCCAAACAGUUCAUAUGGCCAAAAUCUUAUCAUCCACAGGGGCUGAAGAGAUCAGAGCAGAAACGCAAAGCAAGGCAAGAAGCAGCGGAGGGGUCAAGCAGCAGCAACCAAGAAUCGGUGGAUUCAGACCAAGGAACGACAGAGGAAGAAUAGAUGGAGGAGGAAAAGAGACAGGCAGCUAUUUUGGAGGCGCAAAUCAACGUUCUUAAGGAUC